UUAUCUAUUGCUCACACCUGGUCCAGAGGUCACUGCUAUGAUAUAUUCCUCCCUGUCUUUCUGUGUAUGUGUUGUGAGAGUGUGAGACCGGCACAUUCAUGGUAGCCAUGGGUUGGUUGAAGGAGUCGCAGAAAAGGAAGAAAAUCAUAAUAGGUGUAUUGGCUGUAUCAAUAGUGACUCUAAUUCUUGGUCUUGGGCUCGGUCUUGGAUUGGACUUGCAGAAAUGUCGAAACAAAGUCGUCCCACACACAUCCUGCAGAAAUCGAUGCUAUGAGCCCUAUGACAGCGAGACCCCUGGCUGCAGAUGUGACGAGAACUGCAGUGCCACCAACAGCUGCUGCUAUGACUACCACGACAUCUGCUCCCUCCCAACCCAGCUGUGGGAAUGUACAAAGCUGCGUUGUGGAGAGAAGAGGCUGAUUCAGAGCAAGUGUCACUGCUCUGAUGACUGCCUGUCGGCUGGAGACUGCUGCACAAACUACAAACAUGUCUGCCAUGGAGAGAAAGAGUGGGUGGAGGAAGAGUGUGAGGACUUGGCAGUUCCCACAUGUCCAGCACAUUUUAAGCAGCAGCCCCUGCUCCUCAUCUCUCUGGAUGGACUGAGGGCUGAGUACCUGCAGACGUGGAACACUCUCAUCCCUGUGCUGGACAAACUCAGAAGGUGUGGAACCUCUGCUCCGUACAUGCAGGCAGCAUUUCCCAGCAAGACUUUCCCCAAUCACUACACCAUCGUCACGGGUCUCUAUCCAGAGUCAAAUGGUUUGAUUGACAACACUAUGUAUGACCCGGUGUUUGAUGCCACCUUCAGUCUGUCCAGUCCAGAGAAAGAGAACCCUGACUGGUACCUUGGACAGCCUGUCUGGCACACAGCAAAGGCCCAGGGGCUGAAGUCUGGGACGUUUUUCUGGCCAGGAUCAGAUGUCAAAAUCAAUGGCAGUUAUCCCAACAUCUACCAACCAUACAAUGGUAAAGUGCCAUUUGAAGAAAGAGUUUUUACUCUGCUGAAGUGGCUGCAGCUACCAGAUGAUGAAAGGCCAGAUUUCUACACUCUGUAUCUGGAGGAGCCUGAUAAAUCUGGACACAGCUUUGGUCCCGUCAGUGGAGGGCUGAUUGAAGCAAUCCAGGGUGUGGAUAAGAUCAUUGGUCAGCUCAUGAAUGGCCUCAAGCAGAUUGGCCUGCACCGCUGUCUCAACAUCAUCAUUGUGGCCGAUCAUGGUAUGGAGGAGACAAACUGCAACAGGAAGGAGGUGCUUCAGCAGAUGGUGGGAGACAUCAGCAACUAUUACGUCACUGAGGGGCCAUUCGGACGCAUCAGAGCCAAAAACAAAAACACAGUCUUGGACUCAGCUGGACUUGUUGCUGACAUGACUUGUAAGAAACCAGACCAGAAGAUCAAACCGUACCUAAAGGCCAAUCUACCAAAGCGCCUCCACUUUGCCAACAGCCGACGCAUCGAAGAUGUGAAUGUCCUGGUCGAUCCAAAAUGGUUGUUUGAGAGGUUUCCAGGAUCUCUCACAUUCUGCUCUGGUGGAGCUCAUGGCUAUGAUAACGAUGUUGAGAGCAUGCAUGCAAUGUUUGUCAGUUAUGGACCCAAGUUUCAGUACAAAAGAGAAAUAGAACCCUUCUCCAACGUCGAGCUUUACAAUCUCAUGUGCGAUGUGCUGCAGAUCUCUCCCACGGAUAACAACGGGACCCACGGCAGUAUGAACCACGUCCUGAGGCAGCCCUACUACACACCAGUUCCCCCCGCAGAGCAGACCGGGCCUGCUCAGUGUCCGCUGCUCAGCCUCGACCCUGCAGACAGCCUGGGAUGCUCCUGUCCUGCCCUGAGUGGAAAUGCUAUUAACAGCCGCCUGAAUCUGACUGCAGAAGAAGUGUCCACUGCAGAGAAGGAGCACAUGCUGUUUGGUCGUCCCCGGAUGCUGCAGCCUGAUCAGAAUUACUGCAUCCUCUACCAGGAGGGAUUCAUCAGUGCCUAUAGCACCAAAGCCCUGAUGCCUCUGUGGAGCUCCUUCACCAUCAACAAACCGGUGAACUUGGACCCAUUGUCACCCGUGACACCGGACUGUUUGAGGGCUGAUGUCAGACUUCCAGCAUCCCAGACUCAGAGGUGUGACCAGUAUAAUGCAGCUGGGAACCUGACACAUGCCUUCCUCUACCCACCCAACCUCAAUAUAACAGAAGACCAGCAGUAUGAUGCUCUACUGAUGAGUAAUGUGGUACCAAUGUACCCCGAGUUUAAGAAGAUCUGGUACUACUUCCACAGCACCCUAUUAAAGAAAUAUGCCUCUGUUUACAAUGGCAUAAAUGUGGUGAUGGGCCCCGUCUUCGAUUACAACUACGACGGCCAGUACGACACUCCAGAGCAGAUACAGCAGUUUGUGUCCGGCACCAGAAUUCCUGUCCCCACACAUUACUUUGCGGUAAUAACAAGUUGCAGGGAGUCAGGCCAUCCAGUGACUGGCUGCGUCGGCAGCCUGCAGACCGUGUCCUUCCUGUUGCCUCACAGACCCAACAAUUUGGAAAACUGCAAAAAUACAGAAGAUGAAUCUAACUGGGUGGAAGAUCACAUGUGGUUCCAUCAAGCACGGGUCAGAGACAUUGAGUGGAUCACAGGACUGGACUUUUACCAGGGCAGCAAUCAACCAAUCCCAGAGCUGCUGAGGGUGAAGACCCGCCCCACAGCUGCCAUUCACAGAAAACACUGAAAGGUUAAUCUCAACUGAAAAUAUAUACAGUUAAGGAAUAAAAGUGACCUCAGAGAUUAACAUUCAGCAUUUGUAAAAUUCUUCAUAAUUAGUCUUAGAUUGUGCUUUCACUUUGUCCAACAGUGACACUGUUUAUUUAUUAACUUUGUUUUAAUCUGAUCAUGUUAUUUUUAUAUUAUUGAAUCUUAUCUUAUAUCCUAUAUUCCUAAUGUGACUUCUUCAUCUAUUUUGUGAUUGAUUUUGUAAAACUCAGAGCCCUCUGUUUAAGUUAAUCUGAGCAGAAAACGUGUGAACAGAUCUGGACUUUUGAUGAUCACCCACUUUUUUUUUUUCUUUUUUUUGGGGGGGGGGUUUCUGUUUUGUAUUUUGAAGAAGAAGAAUUACAUAAGAAUUACAACAAACUAAAUUCAGGAAAUACAGCUGUUGAAUCAUUUCAAAUACAUUUUUCAUUGCUCUGAUGAGCACAAAUGAAAUGCCACUGAUCCUCCUCUGAUGCUGAUGGCAAGUUUCAGACAUCUCCUUUAGGACAAACCAAAACUGUGUGAGUGAGAUAUCAUCAAUACUCUUUAAAAGUUUCAUCAUGUUGUGCCAGUUACUGUGAAAUGAGAGAGCGGUUUCAGCUAGAUGACUGUUGCAGUAUAAAACAGUAGGCCCUUUAACUGUCAGUGCCUCAGUCAGCCAGUGAUGUCUCAUUAUAGUAAUUAGGAUCAGGCUGGAGAAAUCAACAGGCAGCUGAAGGGAAUUUCACUGUGAUGGUCUGAGGUCUGAGGUCUGAGGUUUUAAAAUGACAAUGUGUGUGAGCACCUAUUGGAAUGUUGGACAUGUGCCUCCAUUGUGAAACUACUGAAAAACAAAUAGAUUUAUGGUCGACUGUGACAGCUGCUGCUGCUGCAGUGACAUGAUCUCCAGUGAAAUUUGGUGCAGUCAUACUUAUGCCUUUAACUCACUCAGUUUGCACACAAUAAACUUUUUUUUUGCUA